UCCUCUUCUCCUUGGUUGUAGGAGGUGCUAUAGGCAGCAAGGCUGGAGUAGCUAGAAGCUCCCAUCCAGCCUGUACUCUGGCCUCUUUCUUCUUUUUCCAGAGCCAGCUAAGGAAAGAGGUGGGAGGCUGCCCUCCGUUUAUGCUCUGGAAGCAGGGACCAUGUGCAGUUACAUUUCUGGGCUACCAGAUUAUACCACUCAGGGCUAUCAGGUCUCUCAUGGUUCCUCACCAAACAUGGGAAAGAAGUGUCUCAGGUCCAUCUGGUUUCCCAGAGGUUAACUUCCAGCUACUCCAGUGGUUCAGUACAUUUGUCAGUUUUGUCCAUUCCCUGCCAGUGUCUGGCUUCUUACCCUGUACCCUCCCAGGGGGCCUUCAGGUGCACCCCUGCCCACUGACCUGGCUGAUUGCCUUUCCCUUAUCUCCCAGGACUCCUUUGCUGCUGAACUGCCCAUCAUUGCUUCUGUGCUGCCCUGUGGGGCAGGGGUCACCAAUGCUUGGGCCCUCAUCUUUUUGAUAAAUCAUGCAUGUCACGGUAGGGCAGCUGGGCAACAGGCCAGGGGCUUAGACUAGCUCAGUUUCAUCCACCUACUUGUAUGACUGGACCCACUUGCUCUGCCAAUCCCCAUUUCCUGAUGUCUUGGUAAACAUGUCCCCAGCUGCAUGAACCCCCGUGCCCACCCCAUCCAGUCCCUGCAGUGCCAACUGACCUCUGUUUUCCUUUCCCAGGGCAGUAUUUUCCCCAGGCAUCUUCACUCCAAAUCCUUGCAGCCCAGCAGUGGCCCUGCUGACUCAUACAUGUAUACACACCCACCCCUCAUUUAAUCUAUACAUGCAAAUCUACUUUGUCUCAAGAUUCCCUGUGAGGCACUGGCUACCCAGCCCUCAGACUCCUGCUGAGCUCUGCCCCUUUAAGAUGCAGCCAAGUGUUCCAGCUCUCUAUCGAUUGGUGUUUUAUUCUAAAGGCAGGGUGAUGAGCUCAUCUGCAGCCAAUCGGAGCAGCUGUGGGGUUCCACUCUACAGCUUGCACCUGAGAGGCUGGGAGCUGGUGGAGGAAAGUGGGUAGCAGCGUGCUGGAGACAAGGUGGUCCCUACACCUCCAGGGACCAGGCUCAUAACUCUAACAGGUACUGUCCUUUCUGGGGCAUGGGGUUUGCCAGCUCCUGGCCAUCUCUUCCCAUCCUGGCUGCUCCCACAGCUGCAUCAGCCCAUGACAGGAUGCAGAGCCCCUUUCCUGGCCCCUUGAGAUCAGAUACCAGGGCAAUUCACCUGAAGCAGUGGGGCUUCCCUCCGCAUCUCCUUCCCCUUGUGCUGCCAGGGAUGGGCUUGCUGCCACGUAGUGGGGCCCCUUCUUCCAUUUCAGUGCUGGCAUCUCUCUAGCAGUGCCUUUGUCAUGGCAGGAGAUGGUGCCACCUGAAUGAGCACCCUUCUGGCAGCACUUUGCUCAGAGCAGCUGGGGUCCAGCAGAGCCAGUCAGCAUCAAGCCCUGCAUGCUGUAACACCGCGUAUCUGCGAAUGAUGCUGGAGUCCUGCGAGUGCUCCUGACAAAGGGAAGUGGGGAGGCCGCUUAUUACUGAAUGACCUCUGCAGCUGGAGUGAGUGUCUGUUGUCUGCAGGAUUGAUCUGCAUCUCAGCCCCUGCAGCCACAAUGGAAUCCAUGUGACAGCCCCUUGUGCCCUGAUCUCAGAGCUCUGCAUCAAUCCUUCACUCCAUCUCUGCUGGAUAGAUGGUUGACCCUGAGCCUGAGUGCAGAGGCCCUGCAGCUAGAACCCAGCCUGUUAGUUCUUGUGCUGCCCUGCAGUUUGCAGCUAUUGUUCCACUUCCUGCUUGGUUGGUGGUUGCAUGGGCAGUGAUGAAAGGCCAGAGCAGAUUUUCACUUCUGCUUCCAGGAGAACAUGGGGCCUUAGCCACAGCUCUGCAUGAGUUUUUCAGUCCUGGCCCCUCUACAGGUCUGUUAAAGCUGAGGGCUUUACUCCUGACUCAUCUUGGCUGGUGCAUCUAUGCCCAAACCCUCAUCUGCAGCCCCCUCCCUGCUCCUCAGUCCCCCACCUUCUGUCCUCCCCAGCUCUGCCACAGCCCUUGCACCAUCUCAUUCCCCAGCCUAGGGUUGCAGGGCCAGAUUUUCCUUCUCCUUUGUCUCUCUUCUUUCUGUUGCAGGACUGUGGAGGCUGAGCUACUAAGGAUGGCUUGAGAGUAGUCAAGCCAUGAGCAGAGUCAUCCGUGAGCGCCCUUUGGGCCUGGACUCAGAGCCCUGCUCCCGGGCAUUCUCCCAGGCCCGUGUUUACCUGGAACAGUUUCGAAGCCGAGUCUCUCCGGGAGGCCUUGAUGGGCAUGGAGCUGGGAAGCGUGAUUACCUGGUGGAUGCAGCGAAGCAGAUCCACCUGGCCCUGGAGCGGGAUGUGAGUGAGGACUACGAAGAGGCUUUCAACCACUACAAGAAUGGUGUAGACGUGCUGCUCAGUGGUGUGCAGGUUGACCCCAACAAGGAGCGUCGUGAGGCUGUGAAGAGAAAGAUCACACAGUACCUCAAACGUGCUGAGGAGAUUUUCAACUGCCACCUCCAACGAACCCUGGGGAAUGGGAGCCCCAAUGCCACGGGUUACAGCAGCCUUCGCUUUCGGCCAAUCAGGACACUCAGCUCACCAGUGGAGAACCUGAGGCGCUGUAAGGUUCUGGGAGUGAUUGAAAAGGUGCAGCUAGUUCAGGAUCCAGCCACUGGUGGAACUUUUAUACUUAAGAGCCUCCCCAAGUCCCACGUGGAGACCCGCGAGCGGCAGACAAUCAUUCCACAUGGUGUCCCUUUCAUGGUCAAACUACUGCGCUACUACAUGAGUGAGGAUUCCAUCUUCCUCCACCUGGAGCAUGUGCAGGGUGGGACACUAUGGUCCCAUCUCCGCUCUCGGUCUCAUUUACGGCGAAGUCUCUCCUAUGGCUCUGGUCCCCUGCAUCCAAAGCCCAGCUCAGCUCUGGGAAGCUACAGUGGAGAAGGGGUGGUAGGAAACAUUUGGGGGCCUGGCUCUGGGUCCAGCCAGAGCUCUAACCUUGGCCUUGGGAAUGGCACUGACCUCCUGAAGUCUGUGACUCAGGUCCCACUGGAAAACUCUGACCAGGCUCCUGCCCAGGAACAGUCACCUGACCCCUCCGACGCAAGAGCAGGGACCCGCCACAUGUUCCAUAUGGGACCUGCCAGUGGCCCCAGGGUUGUCAUGGCAGGGAAGGAUUUAAGUGCAUCAUGCACCCUGCACAGUGACCCCAAUCCUGUUGUCAUGGUGAUGGCCAAAGGACACCGUGCCUUGAACAGUCAGGAGUUGGCCUCCCAUCCACAUGACUUGCUAACCAGCAGUGAGGGUGUGAGCAGCCCACUGGAAAGAGAAGCUCCCUGGCAGGAUCCAAAGCUGCUGGCUAGUGGGAGGCUUCCCCAGAUCCCUGCUCAAAACCUGAAGGCUGUGAGAAAUGGCAGCCUGGUACAGAAAGAGCCUCUGUAUCAGCAAAUGUCUAAUGGGCCCCAGGCUCAGCCCACAUGGUCCCCACGAGCUCCCCCUGGACAGAAACAGGUGCCUGGAACCACCUGGCCCAGCUUCAGUGAGCCCCACAGGCCUGACUCUGGGUGGCAGGAGCCUGUGGGGGGCAUCUCAGGAGUUCAAGAUGGAAAAGGCCAACACAGGGAGAAGCUAGCAUCAGCACAGCAGAGACCUGCAGGCUGCUGGGCCUGCCAAGGGGAUAGCCAAAGAGCCUGGGCCGUGAAUGAGGAGCAGGUCCAGCUGUGGGCAGCAGAAAUGCUCCUGGCUCUGGAAGGACUCCACCAGCAGGGUGUACUCUGCCGAGACCUCAAUCCUAGGAACCUACUGCUGGAUGCUGCUGGUCACAUCUGUCUCACUUUCUUUGGGCAAUGGACGGAGGUGGAGCCGCAGUGCUGCAGCCAGGCCCUGGAAGAACUGUAUAGUGCCCCAGAAGUGGGUGGGAUUUCUGAGCUGACUGAGGCCUGCGACUGGUGGAGCUUUGGGUCACUGCUAUAUGAGCUGCUGACUGGAAUGCCACUGUCCCAGUGCCACCUGUCAGGGAUUCAUCCUCACACCCAGCUGCACCUGCCUGAGGGGCUCAGCCUGCCUGCUGCAUCACUGCUCACUGAGCUGCUGCAGUUUGACCCCAAGCGGCGGCUGGGCUCUGGAGGAGAUGGUGUUGCCAAGCUCAAGUCCCACCCCUUUUUCAGCUCUCUCCAGUGGAGCACACUGGUAGGCUAGCUGUCAUCACCCAUGGAGCGGUACACUGAGGAUGUCACCACAGACUUGGAACACAGGGUGGCACUAGGACCCCUGGUCCAUGGGACUUGUGAUCCCAGGCAGUGCCUAGGGGAGGUCCCCUGCUCCUGGGGCUGUUCCUGUGGAGGAGAGUCUGCACUGAGUCUGGUUUUGCAGACUUGAUUAUUCUCCUCUGCCAGCUUCCCUCUGUGUUUCAGUAGUAUCUUCUGGUCUGGUGCCUGAGCUGGGCUGGGGCCUGAGGACGGUCCUGUAACCCAUGCCCAUGUCUGUUAUGGAGAGAAUGGGGCAGUAAUGUAACCAGGAGUGGACGACCAGGCACCAGUCCCAAGCACCCACUUAGAGGAGGCACAAUAAGGGAGCUGCUGCUACUGCAGACCAGCCACUGGAGGUGCCACUGCCCAGGGCACAGCUUGGUACUUCUGCCCCUGGGAAGGAGUACUGGUACUGAGGUCAAUAAACCUGGGACCUCAGAGCCUCCUGCCCCCUGGGUAGUGGGCAGGUCCCUCCCUCCACCUGUCUACUGCUAUUUGUGGGGAGCCAGUUUAUCAAUGAGACUCCCCAGUUCAUCCAGGGAGCCCAGCUUUGUCCUAUGGGGCAGCCCCUGCCAGUAUCUAGUUCUCCACUGCCCCAUCUGCUCCUGCCUCUGCCUGCCCUCCUCCUGGUGGGUCCACAGCAUCCCAAUGCCCCACUUGUCCCCACUUCCUCUGCUGCUGCCUUGCAUUGCCCCUUGUGGCUUUCCUGUUGCAUUUCCAGUGGCCACUGCUAGAUGGGGCCUGGGGUCCCAUGUUGUGCAUUUCGCUGGCUGCACGUGCAUUUGCAUCACCUGCCAUGGCUCUCUGCAGGCACAGGAAGACACUCCUGCUUUUGAGUGCCUCUCUGUGGCUGUCUAACCUCAAUAAACUUGCCUUUGUUCAC